GGACUAAGAUAAGCAUUAGAUUGAUUAAGCUCGCCAAAUUAGCUCUUACCAGGUCUUCAAACAGAAGCUUUGCUCCGCUCAGGAAACCAAAAGCGCCAACUGCUAGUCUAUUCGCAUUCCGCAAGCGAAGAACUUUCCAGAAGCCCCCAACAUCCCCGCGUUUCUCCAUCGUCGUCUUCGAUCAACGAGACCCGCAUAUUACGCAAAUUCCUUGCACAAAAAGCAAGCAAAAUCAAAAUAUUUACAGCGAUGCGUCGUCGCUUAAAGCCUAGGGUUCCUCCUCUCCUUUUGCUCUUCUAUAGUUCUAUUCUUCUCAUCUCGCUUCCAGGAUUGAUUAUAGCUGCGAUUGUUACUCUAGAUUCGAUCGAAAUAUAUAAUACUCAUGAAUUGUUAGGAUCGACACCGGAAGUUUAUUUUGAGUGUAAAGGUGAAAAUAGAACAAAUUUGCCUGAUGUGAAGAAGAAACAUGAGCUGUAUACCUUUAAGGGCGAAGAGUCUUGGCAGCCUCUGACAGAACUCGAAGAAAAAAAGUGCAAACGAUGCGGGAUAUACGAGAAAGACUCAUUUAUAAAGCCUGAUGAUGUAUUUGAUGAGUGGGAGUUCUGUGCCUCUGAUUUUACUAGAACUGAUGGGAAGUAUAUUCAUUUCAAGGAGAAAGAGUUCAAUGCCACAUUCUUGUGUCCAGACUGUGUCCCUCUUGAAGGUGCUUCAAAUCACUCAGCUGGCUCGCAAACGAAGGGAAAGGGAAUGCACUGGGCUCUAGUGCUGCUUAUCUGUGUGGCGGUGUCAACUUUUGUAGUUCUUGGAGCAGUGACUGCCUACAAAUAUUGGCAAAAGAGAAAAAAGCAACAAGAUCAAGCUCGAUUCUUGAAGCUGUUUGAGGAUGGCGAUGACAUAGAGGAUGAAUUGGGCAUUGGACCACUUAGUCAUGUCAUUUAGGGAGAAAAAGAAGUGCAUCCUCUUCUCAUGGUAUACGUGAAACACUUGUACACGUUUUUUGUUUUCAAAUUUUUCUUGGAAGGAACUAUCGAGACAGUUGUAUAGUGUAACUUAACAGAGUGAGAGAGACAUAGAGAGAGAGAGAAAGAGAGAGAGAGAGAGAGAGAGAGAGAGAGAGAGAGAGAGAGAGAGAGAUUGUGUAAAGUCAUCGUACUGCAAGAGAAAUGUUGAACUGGUCCUUGAUCCUGAAAAAGAAAGUUUGCUUCAAGAUGUUGGACAGCCAAGGGUCGUUUAAAGUGAAAUGAAAUAGUGUAAUUGCCUGUGGACUUUGGCUUGGUCUUAAUUGGAAGGUUAAGUAUAAGUAUUGUGGGUUUGCUGCUGUAAAUAUUAUAGUGGAUCCAUGCAAUUUAAUUGUCC